AAUAGUGUUUUAAGAACGAAGAUGCGCCUACUACUACUCCUGGCGCUUUUAGCCGUUGCAGUGCCUUCCUUACAACAAACAACCAACUCGACCACAACCACAGCCACGACAACUACCUCAAUAACGAGUACAUCUACCAUUGCUUCCACGCUGAGUUGCUUAACACGUUGUCCACGUGUUUAUAGACCGGUCUGUGCAAGUUAUAAUGGCGGACGCCGCACUUAUGCGAAUAUUUGCUUAAUGCACGCGGCUAGACGUUGUGCGCGCCGAAGACGUGAACAAGGCAUACUCAAUAUACAUUUGCUAUUUAGGGGCACUUGUCGUUCGCGUGACAGAAGAAGAAGGAGGCGUACGACAAGACGUGGUCUCAGGACCUGACCAAAUCUUCGCAAAUUAGCAGCGAGCAGACCUGCUUUGUAAGGGCCCAAGUGAAAGUGGUUGACGGAAUGUGUUAAUUAAUAGAAUAUUCACAAAUAAACAAUUUUCCAAUAAUAAAAAUUCGAAUAAAAAAUUU